AUGGCGUCUUCGAACACCGCGACAACAUCCAUAGGCUUCAUCGGGCUCGGAGCCAUGGGCUUUGGAAUGGCGUGUAAUCUGUCCAGAAAGUCACAGUAUCGUGUCACAGGAUAUGAUGUGUUCCCGCCGAGUGCGCAGCGAUUUGCUGAUUCUGCAGGAUUCGUCGCUGAGUCUCCAAAACUCGCUGCCGAAAACAGCGAAUUCCUGGUUUGUAUGGCUGCAAAUUCGCAGCAGAUUGAUCAAAUACUAUUCAGUGAAGAGACAGGUGCCCUGAAAGUCAGCCCCGAAUUUCAGGAGUUUCUCCCAUCUCGAAUCACGGAGGCUGGUAGGCCGGAUGUAAAGGUGGUCGACUGCCCAGUCUCUGGGGGCACAGCACGUGCAGCCGAUGGCACCCUCACCAUAUUUGCAUCAGGCGAGACAGAAGCCCUUCAGAAGGCCCGGGGCCUGCUCGAUGCUAUGUCGGAGAAACUCUAUGUCAUUCCAGGGGGCACCGGCGCAGCGAGCAAAGUGAAGAUGGUGAACCAGCUUCUCGUCGGGACGCAUAUUGCUGCUGCAGCCGAAGCCAUGGCGCUGGCGGCGCUGGCGGGACUGAACACCCGUGAGGUCUACGAAAUCAUCAGAAAUGCUGCGGGAAACUCUUGGGCGUUCGAGAACCGUGUGCCUCAUAUGCUUGAAGGCAAUUGGACACCUCAUUCGGCACUGGAUAUUUUUGUGAAAGACAUGGGUAUAGUUGUGUCAAGCGCGCGAGCACUGCAAUUUCCUCUGCCUCUAGCUUCAGCAGUUGAGCAACUGUACAUCUCUGGUUCAUCUGUGGGAUACGGAAAAGAGGAUGAUGCUGGACUUGUCCGUCUUUUCCUCCCAGCAACGCCGAAUGCUGUCAUGCAAAGUGCACAACAGAUCAUCCACAGGGGCGAGGAGAUACCAAGCACUAAGACGAACCCGGCAGCCUCCAAAAUUGGCUUCAUCGGUCUAGGUGCGAUGGGCCAAGGCAUGGCAGCUUCUCUUCUCCGGGCAGGCUAUUUUGUCCAGGGUUUUGAUGUCCAUGAACUAGCCAUUGAUAAAUUUCUCCUGAACGACGGCAAGGCCGAAAAGGCUGCUUCGGCAGCAGAAGCGGUGAGAGGAGCCAAGAUCGUGUUUCUGAUGGUACAAAAUGCAUCACAGGUCGACAAUCUCUUGUUUGGCAAUGGUAAUGCGGUGGAGUCGCUGUCAGAAGGCGCCGUCGUCAUUCUGAGUUCCACUGUCUCACCUUCUUUCGUGAAAAGUUUGGAAAAGAGAUUGGCAGGGCUUGAAAAGGACAUCAGCUUGAUUGAUGCUCCCGUCAGUGGAGGCGUGGUUCGAGCUGCAAACGGCACUCUCACGAUAAUUUGUUCCGGACAAGACUCCGUCAUCGCCCAGUCGAAUGGUCCAUUGAUGGCAGUGGCCGGCGUGCCUGAAAACCUGUGUCACGUACAAGGUGGCGUUGGCGCUGCAUCGUCUGUCAAGCUCAUCAACCAACAUCUAGCUGGCAUCCACAUCGCAUCAGCCGCUGAGGCCAUGGCGUUUUCCGCUCGCUUAGGGCUGAACACAAGAUCCGUGUUUGAGACUCUGAAACAUGCAGCCGCCUGGAGCUGGAUGUUCGAGAACAGAGUGCCGCAAAUGCUGGACGCGGACUGGACUGCACACUCAGCGCUGGCUAUCUUCGUCAAGGACCUGGGUAUCGUCCUGGAUGAGGCCAAGCGGCUCCUGGCCUUUGCACCGAUCGCUUCAGCCGCACACACCCUUUAUCUUGCGGGCGCGGCUCGCGGCCUGUCGACACAAGCAGAUGCGGGAGUUGUUCGAGUCUGGGACUUCGAGACAGGCGUGUUUGUCGCUGAAAACUCUGACCCAAGGUUGGAUGGGCACGAUGCUGAGAGCCACGAGAAGGUCGAGGCUUCAUCUCAGUCAGAGCCUCAGCCCACUCCAGCCCAACAGAUGCUCGCCAAACUGCCGGUUGAAUAUCCAUCCAACGUUCUCGGAACGAUCACAGAGCUUGUUACCAAUGGCUCAGCCCCAGUUCUGGUUGUACUCGAUGACGAUCCUACUGGAACACAAACCUGCCAUGAUAUCGACGUACUGAUGGCCUGGGACUCGGCAACAUUAGACUACGAAUUUGGCCUUGACGUCAAAGGCUUCUUUAUCCUCACAAACUCUCGAGCACUGCCCCCUACAGAUGCACGACGAUUGAUCGUUGAAAUUACGCGGAACGUCAAACAAGCGGCUGAAAAAGCGGGCAAGCCGGUCGAAAUUGUUCUGCGCGGCGAUUCCACCCUGCGUGGUCAUCUGCCACAGGAGCCGGAAGCCGUGGAGGAGGUACUGGGCAAGUUUGAUGCGUGGAUCAUCGCACCCUUUUUCUUUGAAGGGGGAAGGCUCACCAUCGACGACGUCCACUAUGUCAAGGAAGAGGAACUGUUAGUGCCAGCAAGUCAGACACCGUUUGCUCAAGAUGCCACAUUUGGUUACAAGAACUCCAACCUGAGACAAUACGUUAUGGAGAAGUGUGGCUCACGAUUUGACGACUCAUCAUUUCUAUCAAUAACGUUGGAUGACAUCCGCAUGCACGGGCCGACUGGCGUCGCGCAAAAGCUUCUGUCGGCUCCAACCGGGUCGGUCGUCAUCGUCAAUGCUGCGGCAGAGUCCGACAUGGGCGUGUUCGUUGCGGGGCUGCUAGAGGCCGGGAGGGACAGCAGACGACCAAAGUACCUCUACAGGACAGGGGCGGCCUUUGUCUCGACUCGACUGGGCAUUAAGAGGAUCUUGCCUCUCACUUUCCAAGACAUUGGAGGAAAGCUGGCUGCGACGAGUGACCGCCAGCCAGGCGGAUUGAUCGUUGCAGGAUCGUAUGUGCCCAAGACAACAGCCCAGCUAAGAUUCCUGCGGGAGUCACGAGGAGACAAGCUCGUUGUGAUAGAGUUGGAAGUGGCCCAGCUCAUCGCUUCGCAAGAUGCCGCUUCUGCUCUAAUCUCAGUAGCAGCAGUUGAAGCAUCGCGACAACUGGAACGUGGGCAGGAUGUUCUGGUUAUGACAUCCCGGACACUUGUCAAGGGCAGUGAUGCUCUCAAUUCCCUCGAAAUCGGUUCCAAGAUUGCACAUUGCCUUGUCCUGCUCGUGGAACUGAUCCAGGUCCGGCCUCGGUACCUCAUUGCGAAAGGAGGCAUCACAUCAUCUGAUGCUGCCACAAAAGGCUUGAAGAUGAGGCGGGCGAGGAUCGUUGGCCAGGCUGCACCGGGAGUGCCACUCUGGAGGUGCGAUGAGCCCAGCAGCCGUUUCUCGGGUAUUCCUUAUAUUGUUUUUCCAGGAAACGUUGGUACUGAAAAGACACUGGCGGAGGUCGUAGAGGCAUGGGAAAAUUGA